UUCACUAAAACCCUAAUACAUAUAGCUCGUCUUCCUCUACUUCUGCGACCGCUGCUUCGCAACUCACAAUCACCUGAGAGAGGGCGGUCUGGUGAGCUGCACGUGACUUGAGAUCUCUUCACCAAUGGCGGCAUCUGCGAGAACUGUUAAGGAUGUUUCUCCUCACGAGUUCGUGAAAGCCUACGCCGCUCACCUCAAGCGCUCCGGCAAGAUGGAGCUUCCUGAGUGGACUGAUAUUGUGAAAACCGGUGUGCUUAAAGAACUUGCUCCAUAUGAUCCUGAUUGGUACUACAUUAGAGCUGCUUCCAUGGCUAGGAAGAUCUAUUUGAGGGGAGGUCUUGGUGUUGGUGCCUUCCGGAGAAUUUAUGGUGGGAGCAAGAGAAAUGGGAGUCGUCCACCCCAUUUUGGCAAAAGCAGUGGUUCUGUUGCUCGACACAUUCUUCAACAGUUGCAGAAUAUGAACAUUGUUGAGAUGGAUACAACGGGUGGAAGAAAAAUUACAUCUAGUGGCCAAAGGGACCUCGAUCAAGUUGCUGGAAGAAUUGUUGUGGUUGCACCAUAGAUCAAUUUUGUUGGCACUUCUCUUAGCUUGUUGAGAAUUUUUUAAGGAUAUAUCUGUAAGAGAUUUUGGUUGAACAUGUUAGUAUGUUUUGACAUUUUAGUUUUGGCUCCUGAAAUUUCAAGAUGUACUUUGGAUUACUGAGUCAUAUUUUGACAUGGUUGCUACUUGGGGAUGUGGUUCCACUGGCUAUGGUACAUCUGCUUUUCUCUUUUUUGCUUGA